CGUCGGGCUCGAGAGGAUCUGGCAUUAUCCAGCCAAUAGAAUGCCCUCGCCGGGCGAUAACUACGCCAUCCACAAGGUCUCUGUCCGACGUGCCCGUCAGGCCUGCGGUCCCUGCCGUCGCAAGAAGGCGCGCUGCCCGGGCGAAAAACCGACCUGUUCGUUAUGUCAGCGCUUGGGACAACGCUGCUCCUACGGCUCGCAGGCGGCUUCGGCGCCCGGUCCUGCCACCGGUUCGGCACGUCGGUUGGAGGAGCCGUGCGACGAGGGCCAGCCGGAGGGGGCCAGUUCGCAGCGGCUGCAGCGCAUCGAGAGGAGGCUGGAUGAGAUGGCGGGCAUUCUCCAAGAGAGCCUGUCAAGAGGCCGUGGACUGCCCGGCACCGAUCUACAGUCUUCCCGUGGCUCUGGCCGGCUCGAAACCGACGGAUUAACUGGCCCCUUUGCUAGUCAGAGUGAGGACCGGGGUGUGCAAGGGACCUUCUCUCUCGUUGACUUUGUCAAGUCCCAAGUCGAAGUGUAUCUCCUCUACUUCCAUGACCAACCCUAUUGUGUCUUCUCCAAAGACUGGUUGCUGAGUAGAGCCUCGUCAUUACCUGCCGAAAUUGCAUUCCCAUUGGUCGCCUUGACAUCUCGUCUUUCUCUGCACCCCCGUGGAAUCUUUGCCAGCAAUGUUCCGACCGCAGAGUACUGGGCCGAAAAGGCCUGGGAUACUUUGUCAACUCAGUACAGGGACAGCCAGAUGGGACUAUCCUUUCUCCAGGGCACCUGUCUGAUGGCGCAGGUGGACUUCGCCGACGGUCGAGCCCAUCGCGCGUAUGCCUCGUGUGCACUGGGUAUCCGAACCCUCCAGUCCGCUGGACUCAACAGGGAUCUUUUUUCGUCGUCCCUGGAUGGUUCCAGUCUGGAGGAGCGCCGACGUAUAACGUGGGCCUUCUUCAUGCUUGAUCGUACCUACAAUGCGUCUCGCAGUUAUUCACUAUGUCUGGCAGACAAGCAGUUCAGCCUCCCUUUCCCUUCGCCUGAUCCGGAAGAGUCUAGCCCUGGCUCGAUGCACGACGAACCCGAACACGGAGGCGAGAUGGUGGAAAACAGCAUUUUGGCUUGUCUGAUCCGACUGUUCGGACUCUGGGGCAAGGCCACCGAGUAUGUCUUCGAAGCCCCCGAUGAAAAGGCACACUCGCCGUGGCAAUCCGGAUCGGCCUUUGCCGUUCUUGAGUCCGAGUGGAUGCAGUUCGAGACCCAGUUCCCCAACGCACACCGUUACCUGAACGUCGAGUCCGAGUUACGGGCCGGCAAAGAAUCCCGGAAUGGAGCCUACCUGCCCACCUGGCUGUGCGUGCAAUUCCUCCUUCAUUCGAUCCAAUGCCUGCUACAUCAUCCGUUCGUGAUCAUGAUCAAGCUGCGACAUAUCAGCGGGAACCUCUCUUCAACGUUCCUGCAAAAGUCUUUUGAAAGCUCUCUUCUCCAUUCGCGAUGGAUUGCACGAUUAAUCAAGGAAAUGUCAACGGCCGACUCCCGACCUUACGAUCCCUUUCUGGCAUACCUCGCUGCCAUCGCCGCCACGAUCCAGCUGGAACACACGGCCAGUAGUAACCCAGACGUGGCUCGACUAGUGAACAAGGAAUUCCAGGUCCUCAUCAAUUUCAUGACGAAGGUUUCUACGCAUUGGGCAAACAUCAGGGUCUUGGUGGACCGAGUCAGUGAAUUGGCGCAUCGACGCCGGAACUUCGGGUCGCUCUACUAUAAUCAGGACGGAUUUUCUGGGGCUCUACCUAGAAUGCCGACUCCGACCAACAUUCCAAAAAUGUCGGCGGAAGACGAAUCACUCAUGUGGGAUAUCCUGGACAUUAGCUCUUCCUCUGGAUCGGGGAGGCUGGCGCAACUCAGUGACCUAGUUCCCUCGCCACAUCGACAAACUGGAGUGCGCCUAGAGCAAGCACCUUCGCGGGUAUCUCAGGAGAUAUUCGAUCGUUCCAACCGGGAGCAGAGCGAAUCCAUGCAAGCGGAGCUUUCUGCGCCGGAGAUGUCACUUCUCGACGGACGCGUACUGGCCUUGAUGGCGGAGGACCCGGCCGGAUGGUCAUUCCCAAGAAGCAAUAACGACGAGUUUGGCAACGCCAUCCCCGACUUGCCAGACUGGAUGAUGUCGAGCGGACACAUGCCCGAGCAUCUAUGAUCAGGUCGUGAUGCGACGGAAAUUCCAACGUCAUGCGGUAUGCGGAACGAUUCACGAUCCAUUGAACAAAUUGAAUGAAAUUGGCUCUCUGUGCAUCUCUAAUAAACUCCGUUGAAAACCCUCCCUUUGUACAUAAAGUCUCAUCGCUGCGUAUCUGAUGUAAGCCUCUUUUCCCUUUCCUGCUCUCUAUAGCUUGCUCUGUUUGGCGAUCGGCGUGGCAUUCUUGAGCGCCGAACCAAAGCUGGUUUGCUCGUGCGACAGAAGCUCUCUUCUCUCCGGACCUCCACGACUUCCAUCUCCCUUGAACG